AUGGAUGACUCUCCACAAGACUGUACUCUGUGGGUUUCCGAUCUCUUCAACACUGCAGUUGGCACGACAGAUCUGCAAGUUGAUGUUAACGAUGCUGAGAUGGAAAAUGAGCAGGUCUCGUCAUGGAAUUCUCCCGGCGACUCGCAUUUCAUAGGGCUUGAAGACUUGUUACCUUCCAAAAACACACCCAUCCUUGACCUCACGUAUCUAAUGCCAGAUGACAUAGCUCUAUCUAUGCUAGAUCGACAGGCUAUCGAUUUUUACACCUCAGACUUCUCCCACAUUCAUAUCACCAAACGGUUUCCGUGGUCCACAAACGCUCUGCUGCUGCGACUUGGCUACGAAACACCUAUUGUUAUGAGAUUCCUUCUAGCCGCAUCCCUAAAUGAACUCCAUCGUCGAGAGUCGGCUCCUAGUGUUGAGUUUAAAGAGCUGGCAGAAGUUCAUUUCAAAAUUGGGUGCUCUCACUUCUCCGGGUUGGUGCCCAGAGGAGACGGGAUUCCGAUUGAUCCUCGGCCCGUCCUCGCCUCCGUGUUCUUCGCCUUUCUCUACCUUUCUCGAAGGAAAUCUGUCGACAGGUCGAAAAUCAGGUCAUUGAGUAAAACUGCCUCGGACUACAUACGAGAGCAUGAGCUCGAUACCUUGGGUACAACUUCCGUUGAGCCAGUGCCACUGGGGGCGUCGUUGGUUCAAAAGUUUGACAGUCCUAGCGACAAGCGACUCAUCUCUCAAUUAAUGCGAUGGAUAUUUUUCAAAGAUGUUCAGAUGGCUUUUCAUGGAUGUGGUGGGAGUGUAGCUUCGCAUAUUCUUGGCGCUGUAAAGAGCCAUGACAGGUUAAGCCGAGCUUCAAGCUCCUUAGUGAACAACAUCUGGGGCGCCAGAUUUCACGCAACCAGAAUUUACUUCUUCCGGGCCGCCCUACCUGUCCAUACGCAAUGUCCGCCAGGAGAAGCACUACCAGCUGCAGUGCAAAACAGUCUCUCGGCGAUCCUAGCCAUAGCUCAUGGCAUGUUUGCCUCUGAGCUACCAAGUCCGUACGAACGGUUGCAGUGGCCGCUCUUCAUGGCUGGUAUUGAGACUCAAGAUGUCAUUUACCGCGAGUGGAUCUUAUCGCAUAUGCGACCGUCGGCUCUAAAAACUUCCCUGAGUAGAGUGAUCAAGGCACAAAGCUAUAUCGGCUACCGACUUGGAAUUGCAAUUAUCAAAGACAUAAUUAAGGAUGUUGAUAGGAAUAUUGCUGCGGGAAAUGCUCUGGAGGCUUUUGGUAGCCAAGACUCUGAUAGCUGGGUUGAUGUCGAAGACGAGAAUGACUUUUGUCUGUGGUAA